AUGAAUCCCCCCUCCCCGCCAAGCAACGCCACAGCAGCAAGCAACAUCACCAUUCCUCCCAUCCUCCCCAUCGACCCUCCAGACAACACCACAGCCCGCAGCAGCAGCACAAUGAGCAACAUCCGCGCUGAAAACACCACCAACAUAGGUAGCACCAACACUGCAGACAGCAGCAGCAACACCACAGACAACAGCAGCAACACCACAAUAGCAACCACCAACACCACUGGAACCCAGCCUUCACCCCAACCUCCCAGGCUCCCCUCUUCAGCUGCCAACACCACGACCUCCAUGCAACCUCAGCCUUCCUCAAUCUUCCCCUCCUCAAUCCUCCCCUCCUCCAUGCCCUCUCCACGUCGCCCCUUCACGCCUCUCCAAGGCUCCCGCUGCUUCCGCCUGCGCCUCACGCCUCCCCCGGUCGACUCCUUCUGGUCUGUCACCGUCUACAAUGCAUCUAAUCUCAACCUUCUGGAAGGAGUCACUAAGUUUGGCGUGGGGGACCGCACUCCGGGGCUGCUGGUACGUCUCUCUUGCCUGCGCCUCACCCCUCCCCUGGUCGACUCAUUCUGGUCUGUCACCAUUUACAAUGCAUCGAAUCUCAACCUUUUGGAAGGAGUCACUAUGUUUGGAGUGGGCUACCGCACGCCAGGCCUUCUGGUGAGCCUUUCUUGCUUGCGCCUCACCCUCUUCUGGUCGACUCCUUCUGGUCUGUCACCAUCUACAAUGCUCCUAAUCUCAACCUUCUGGAGGGAGUCAGCAAGUUUGGCGUCGGUGACCGUACACCCGGCCUAUUGGUGA